UCGCAAGCGUUUAUAAUACACCAGACCUAUAUACACGCACACACGCACUCACACACACACACACAUCGUUUGCAACUGAUAUAAGGGAAUCACAGUAAACUCUUCACAGAUUAUAUUUUAACCCGGAGUGAUGUCAAUAAAGAAAGAGUCCAAGCCGAACCUGAGCCAUUCCCAGGUGACGGAAAUCACUGCACGUCUUUUUGGGUUAACUGUGUCCACCAUACAUCCUUUGCCCAGUUACGAUGAUCAGAACUUACAUGUGGUGUGUGUGGAUGCUGGUGAUUUUGUGCUGAAGAUCAUGAACUCUUCAGACAGUGAGAACUUGAAACUGCUUGAGCUGCAGACGCACAGCAUGAAUUUCCUGCAGCAGAAUGGAAUUCCGGUUCAGACAGCUCUGUGCACCAUCACAGGGCAGAUGAUGAGUCUGGAGGAGAUUGAUUGUGGAUAUGGCCUGCAGAAAUAUCUGGUGCGUUUGUUGACGUACCUGCCUGGAAUACCGGUGGUCAAAAUCACCUGCACACCACAGCUAUUGUACGAAAUAGGGAAAAUGGCUGCCAUGCUGGACCAGGUUUUACUGCGGAUGGAGCAUGAGAACCUCAAUGUUCUUCGGAGGGAGAACUUCAUCUGGAGUUUGUCCUGCGUUCCUCUGAUAGAAAAUUAUCUCUCUGUGAUGGAUGGAGAUCCAAUGCAGCUCAUCGUUAGAGGAGUUAUUGAUCAGUACCAAAAACAAGUGGUACCAAAACUCCCCUUCUUCCGCAAGUGUAUAAAUCAUGGAGAUCUGAAUGAUCACAACAUCCUUGUGGAGCAGGACAGACUGUCGUGUUACAAGAUCAGCGGGAUUCUGGAUUUUGGCGAUAUGAGCAGCGGUUAUUUCGUGUUCGAGCUGGCAAUCAUGAUCAUGUACAUGAUGAUUGAGAGUGCGAAUCCGCUGGAAGUCGGAAGUCUGUUGAUCGCAGGGUUCGAGACCAUCCAUCCUCUGAAUGCUGAUGAAAGAGACGCUUUGUAUACGCUGGUGUUGAGUCGGUUCUCUCAGUCGCUGGUUUAUGCACGUUCUGCAGUUCUCCAGCAGCCAGAAAAUAAAGAGUACCUGAUGGUCACCUCAAAACAUGGAAUUAGACUCCUCCAGAUUCUGUGGGAAAAAGGAAAAGAGGAAGUGGAGAAAGUGUGGUUUGAAGGUGCUGCAAAAAUGCCAAUGCUAACUGAUAACUUUAAUCCCUGAAGCCUAAACGCUAAACAUUAAUCGCUAAUCCCAACAUGCGCAACUGCAACUGCUAACACUUACACUAACGCUGCACCUGAACCUACAGCGGUGCUUGAAAUUUUUUGAAAGACUUUUCUAUAUUUCUGCAUAAAUAUGACCUAAAACAUCAUCAGAAGUCCUUAAAGUAGACAAAGAGAUCCCAGUUAGACAAAAAUAUCAUUCUUGGUCAUUUAUUCACUGAGGAAAAUGAUCCAGUAUUUCAUAUCUAUGAGUGGCAAAAGUAUGUGAACCUCUAGGAUUAGUAGGAUUAGCAGAAGGUGCUUGAUAAUAUAAUAUUACUCGAUAAUAUUGUUUUUAGCCAUGAAAAUUAUACAUGAUCAAAUGACUUUAAUUACAAAAAUAUUAAAUAUUGCAAUGAUUUUCAUUUUGUUAUGGUGACUGAAAUGAUUGAAUGAAAAUGCUACAAUACUUUCACUAUUUUAGCGUGUUAAAUAUAGACUCUAACGACCUGAAUAUGUAAUAAUGAUUGGUGAAACAUGUAGGUCCUAUGCGUUUAAGGGUUAAACAGUAUUACUCUGAUGUGUGUUUGCUAAUUAAAUGACACUGUAACUGAAUAAACUAAUUUCUAUCAAA